GCACGGUAUCCCGGCAUGCAGCAGGAGGCCGUCGAGAGAGCCAGCAGCUGGUAGUGAGUUGCUACAGCGCCGAGCAGGCAGCAACUAGCGGCCAACACAGCGCCGAGCAUUUCCCACUUCCAUGUGAGACAAGCCGAGCCGUCUUACCCCACAGGCGACCGAAGAAUAUGCUGUUCGGGCGCCGGACGUGUCACCGCAGCGGCGUUUGAGUCCCACCUGUCACCCUGCUCUUGAUUUCGGAGGAUUCCUCCCUCCGUCCUCCGAAUCGCACCGAACGGGCAAUGACAACGGUCUCAGCAACCCCGCAGCAGAUGAGGGACCGGCUGCUGCAGGCCAUCGACAGUCAGAGCAAUAUACGCAAUAUGGUUGUAGUAUUGGAGGUGAUUGCCUGUCUGGAAAAAUGUCCUAUCACCAAAGAAGCACUUGAGGAAACUCGCCUAGGAAAGCUGAUCAAUGACGUGAGGAAGAAGACCAAGGAUGAAGACCUUGCGAAGCGUGCAAAGAAACUCUUGAGAAACUGGCAAAAGCUGAUUGAGCCGGGGUCAGCUGUGCCUGCAAGUGCCCCCGGGUCAACCAAUGGCAGUUCUCAUCCCUGCAGAACCGACGUCUCUCCCCCUGACAUCUCAGUGUCUGGGAAGGGUGUCGCUGAAGUCAAGAUCAGAAAUGAUGUUCACAACACAUACUCGCCAAAAGCAGAAAAGUCAGGCAGUCGCAAGCGCCGGGCAGAGCACAGAGACAGUGGAGUGCACUUACCAGAAAAAAUCUCCAAGCUGUCUUCGUACGAUAACUCUGUGUCACCACCACCACCACUCACCAAUGGGAUUGCAGGCAGUCCAGAUGCCAUGCCCGACCAGGAGGUCGUGCCAUCUCCUGAGAGAUCGCGACUCGAGCCCCUCGAUAAUGAGAAAAUCAACAGAAUUCCAGUAAAUGCUGUCAAGCCUCGCCCUAGCUCCCCUGGAGUGGCCAAACUACCUAGCACUUCAUCUUUGAUCAAGGUUGCCGUAAUGCAGCAACAGGCUAGAUUGGAUGAAGGCGGAGGAGGAGGGGGCCAUUAUCAAGCCAAAAGUCCCCGUGGUCUCACCACCAGUCCAAGGAGCGUGAAGCCAGACUCCAAGCGCUCUUCAGUAUAUGCACCGAAAGCAACGCCAGUCCCAAGCCCUUCCUCGAGGGACUCUCCCAUGUCUUUAUCCCAGCCUGUGUCCUCCCCAGCCCAAGCAUCUUACGCUGACAAGCUGCCACAUUCUUCUCAUAGGUCCUCGAUGCACUGGGCCAGUUCGUCAGAAGUCUCCUCUCAUUGCCCACCACAAGACGCAUCUGCAACACUGGAAUCCCUGACAGCCUCCCCUUCAACCUAUCUCCCCCAACAGAACUCCGAACUGAACAGACCGGCAUCUGAGGGAGCCACUGCCGCGUCUGACGACACAGACGCGUCAAUGGCUCCUAACUCAGAGCAUAAAAGGAGGAAGUACAGGUCUAGAGACUACUCUGUCAAUUUAGAUGGCCAGAAAAUAGAAGACAUGACUAAACCUGUACGAUUAAAAGAACGCAGACUUACAUUUGACCCUGUCACAGGUCAGAUUAAACCUCUGGUACAUAAAGAACCUUCUCAAACAGAGGAACCCCCCACGCCUGACCUCUCUGAGUUUAGGCAAAGAACUAAAAGCACUGUACAACAGCCCGCUCCCCUGGCCCCGACUCCGGCCCCAGUCCUGGCCCCAAUCUUGGCCCCAGGCCCCAGUCCCAACCCUUUUCAUCAGACAAACUGGAAGGAGCUGUCCAGAAAUGAAAUCAUCCAGUCCUACUUGAACCUUCAGAGCAAUGUGCUCAACUCCUCAGGGGUCCAGGCCCCUAGUGCACACUUUUUCAUGGCAGAGUAUUUGAAAAGGGAAGAACAGGAGAUCAAGGAGUCGAGGGAGAUGCACGUUUUGCAGAAGGACAUCGCAGUAGAAGCUUUACCAGGUGUGAGCCGGGAGGUGACGGGCGAGGACCUGGACAGGAUACACACGCAGCACUGGCCAGGAGUGAAUGGAUGUUAUGAUACCGUGGGCACCUGGUAUGACUGGACAGAUUGCAUAUCAUUGGACCCUCAUGGCGACGUAAGCAGAUUGAACAUCCUGCCAUAUGUUUGCUUAGACUGAGGGGUUUGGAACGGAUGAUGACUUUUUCCACUCCUCUCGUUGUCUCUCCAAAGAGACGAGAUACUUUGUGAUUUUGUUUGUCCACUGUGAGUUUGGCAAAAGCCAGGUCUGCUAAACUCCCCCCACGCCUCUUCAUCUUUCUGUGAUAAUCUAAUUGAGAUUUUGGUUGAAAAAAAAAAAAGAGAGAAAAGGAUUAAAAGAAUAGUUGAGUUUCUAAUACCAAGGGCUGUUUCUGUUUUUCUUUUUCAAACUGAAAGCCACAGGAUGGUUGAGGCCCGAGCUGAUGAGUGCUGGUACUAGCGCAGAAGGCCAAAAAGGGAGGGCGGCGUUAUCCCACACAGCCAGAAAUGUUGUAAUGAUGUGAAUUUUUAAUGUUCUUAAUUGUACCCCAUGUUUCAGGCUCACUGGGAUGACGCAGCCCUCUCCUUUUUACCUUCUAGUCUCAUGAGGAAUCACAAUCUAGCAUUCACUUUGAGGGAAGGCAUGCUGGGGUUUAGCUGUCCUGUCCAGAGCGCCAUGUUGGUGUCCAGAAGAGGUUGUUGAUAGAGUUCAUCUAGCACAGGUAGAGCUGAACGGGUCCAGACUAUGACAUACUGGAGCAUAUGUGGCAGUUACAAGAAGCUUUAUGUGAGAUAUAAAGAGUAAAUUAUAAAUUUCGUAUAACAUGUAUACAUCUAUUUAUUUUUGACCAGUUCAUCAAAGCAGAUGUUGAAAAACCUAUAGAUUUGUCUUUUUUUUCUCUUCCCCUGCUUCCAUCAGAUUGCUGUCAGCCUAAUCUUCAAUGUAAGAGGGGGCCUACAAGUGUUUUGUUGCAUUGGUUUUUCUGUUGAGAUUGGCCGAUUUGGUUAUUAACAUUCCAUAAUCCACCCUUCACCCACUUCCUCCUGUCUCAUCACACAGCUCUUAUAUCUCCAGGAAAUCUCUCAAGCUGAAAUUUAUUCUGAAAAACAAUUUGGCUUCCACGAGACCAAAAACAUAUGUAACUUUACCACAGCGAAAACUCUCACAACACACGAUUUCUCUCCCAAGUGUUGCUGAAUGUCAAAUCAGAUGAGGCUGAUCAAUACUUUGUAUUUGAUGCACUCGAUGCUGGAACUCGCCUUGUUUCCAUUCCUUUAGAUUUUGGUUUGCCUUCUGAAAUUUCCUCAUGAUAUUUUUCUAAGUUAAACAGCCUUUGUGAAUGUACAGGAUCGAGACCUCUUGCGCACUUGUACAUACGUUGACAACUUGUUGGUCAUUUUCAUUUGCUGACUUGACUGAAGUGUGACUCGUGACCUACGCACCCACAAGUUACAGUUAUGUGCUUAUUGUUAUUCAGACACGUUUAAACUUCUGCCAGCUUCUCUCAGGAGUUUAGGAAACAUCUAGGACGUUGUUUGAGGUAUCAUUUUUCAUUUCUUAGCUUCCGUAUUUGAAUACAGCAAACAAAAUGGGAGAGAGAAAGCUGUGUGCAUCAGAUAUUCUUGACAUUCUCCAGGUGACGACUAAUACUUAAUUUAGAUUUCCCUUUAUACUCAUCCGUCACUUCCACAUUUUUCCUCACAUGAUUUGAAUUAAGAUUGGAUUUUUGUGCGGCCUGUCUGUUCAUUCUUUCAGUCACUCAUCCCUACCAAUGUGCCUUGGUAAAUGGUUAAUCUGGAUUUGCCUCCACAUUAAACGCGCCUGUUCCGCGAGGCCCGGGUUUACAUGCGAGAGCUCGAAUCCCAAUGAUCAAUAUGACGCUGGUAUAUGCACCGUUUCUGUUGACUUUUUGUACACAUUGGUCGAAGCAAGGGUGAAGCUGCAGACAAUGAGAAAACUGCACAACAACACAGCUGGCAAUAAAGGAAAAGUGCUACAA